AUGUCAGAUGAAAACGAUAACAUUGAGGUUCAAGAUGUUUCUCCUCCCGGACAAUCUAUCGGUAGCGAUUCGAACGAAAACGAUUCGACGAAUAAUUUAAAUGAAGAGGAUCAGAGCGAAUUCGAUUCCCCAGAGGAAGAACGAGAAGCCGAAAGAGAAGAGGAAAAUGAAGAACAACAUGAACUGGAGGAUGUAGACAAUGAAAAAGAAGACGAAGACGAAGAAGAAGAAGGUGAAGAAAAGGAAGGAGAAGAAGUCAAUGAGGAUGACGAUGAUGACAACGACGACGACGACGACGACGACGACGACGACGAUGAUGAUGAAGAAGAAGAUGAUGAAGAUGAUGAAGAUGAAGAAGGCAACGGCAACAAUUCUGCGCAGUCUGGUAGUUCUGGAGAAGAUGAUAACGGAGAGGAAGGAGAAGAGGACAAUAAAACCAAGGAUAUGGAGGUUAAUAUUACACGUGAAACACUAGAAAGAGAACAAAUGGAUGUGGAUGAAGCCGUAAGGAAAAUCACCGCCGAAAAAAAUGAUGAGAAUACUCAAUCGUCAACUAAUAUGGAAAAUGUUAAUUACGAUCUUUUGCAGAAGCAAGUUAAAUAUAUCAUGGAUAGCAAUAUGCUAAACUUGCCUCAAUUUCAGCACUUACCACAAGAUGAAAAAAUGUCGGCCAUUCUGGCAAUGUUAAAUUCAAAUUCUGAUACAGCUCUUUCCCUACCUCUGCAAGAAAUUGCCGUCCCACCUGCUGCCACUACCCCAGCCGCAAGUGGUGCAAGAAACCCUGAUCAAAGAAAAUCCCCAUUGUCAGAUGCUCAAAGGCGCAUGAGAUUUCCAAGGGCGGAUUUACUAAAGCCAAUUACAGAAGAAGAACACGAUCGUUACGCCACCUAUUUACAUAGUGAAAACAAGAUAACAGAAAUGCACAAUAUUCCACCUAAGUCAAGAUUAUUCAUUGGUAAUUUACCACUAAAGAACGUCUCAAAGGAGGACUUGUUUAGGAUUUUUUCUCCAUACGGUCAUAUUAUGCAAAUCAAUAUUAAAAAUGCUUUUGGGUUUAUCCAAUUUGAUAACCCUCAAAGCGUCAGGGAUGCGAUUGAAUGCGAAUCACAGGAAAUGAAUUUCGGGAAGAAGUUGAUCUUAGAGGUUUCUAGUUCUAAUGCUCGUCCGCAAUUUGAUCAUGGUGAUCACGGUACAAAUAGCAGUUCCACUUUCAUUUCUUCUGCAAAACGUCCAUUCCAAACCGAAUCUGGUGAUAUGUACAAUGAUGACAAUGGUGCUGCAUACAAGAAGUCUAGACGGCACACCGUUUCAUGCAACAUUUUCGUUAAAAGAACCGCAGACCGUACAUAUGCCAUUGAGGUCUUCAACAGAUUCAGGGAUGGCACUGGUUUGGAAACUGAUAUGAUUUUUUUAAAGCCAAGAAUGGAACUGGGAAAACUUAUCAAUGAUGCCGCCUACAAUGGUGUUUGGGGCGUUGUGCUAGUGAACAAAACACAUAAUGUGGACGUCCAAACUUUUUACAAAGGUUCACAAGGCGAAACCAAAUUCGAUGAGUAUAUUAGUAUAUCUGCCGAUGACGCGGUCGCCAUAUUCAACAACAUCAAAAACAACAGGAAUAACUCUCGUCCUACCGACUACCGUGCUGUGAGCCAUCAACAAAAUGUAUACGGCGCUCCUCCCCUUCCUGUGCCAAAUGGACCCGCCGUUGGACCUCCUCCCCCUCAGGCGAACUAUUACCAAGGUUACAGUAUGCCACCUCCUCAACAGCAGCAACAGCAACCUUAUGGCCAGACAUACGGAAUGCCACCACAAUCUCACGAUCAAGGUUACGGCGCACAAGGAGCAAUUCCGAUGAAUCAAAAUUAUGGUCGCUAUCAAAAUUCAAUUCCAGCCCCACCACCCCCUCAACAACAAAUUCCGCAGGGAUAUGGUCGCUACCAAGCCGGUCCAGCUCCACAGUCCUCUCAAACUCCAAUGGACCAACAGCAACUAUUAUCUGCCAUCCAAAACCUUCCUCCAAAUGUUGUAUCCAAUUUGCUUUCUAUGGCUCAGCAACAGCAACAGCAACCUCAUGCUCAGCAGCAAUUGGUUGGUUUAAUCCAAUCAAUGCAAGGCCAGGCCCCUCAACAGCAGCAGCAACAGUUGGGUGGGUAUGCCUCGAUGAACCCAUCGUCACCCCCACCUAUGAAUAAUAAUUACAAUGGACAAAAUAUGCCUGCAAAGUCUCCAGCUCUACCAAUGCCACAACAUAAUCAAGGGCAAUCUUCUCAACAACAGCAACAACAACAACAACAACAACAACAACAGCAACUUCCCGGCAAUAAUGUUCAAAGUCUUUUAGAUAGUUUGGCAAAACUACAGAAAUAA